AUGGCGAACCUCGUGUCGGCCAAUGACGCUCCCGUGCUAGCGUCCUGCAACUUCAACAACGAUAGCGCGCCAUUCUGCCGCUUCGUCCAGGAUUCCUCUGACCGUGGGGACUGGACCAGACACAGAGGUCCAACCCCGACGGAAGAAACGGGUCCUCCGGGAGAUUACCCAGACGGAGAGGGAGCUUAUAUUUACCAAGAAUGCGACAAUGUGGCGAACGGGCACCACACUCGUCUGCUGAGUCCCACGCUAUUAACGGAGGCGUCGCAGAUCUGCGUCCAGUUCCGGUAUUACAUGUACGGACUGGACGGUUCCAAUCAUUUGAGGGUGUUGGUAAAGACGACAAAUGACGAGGAAGAGUUGUGGAAAAGAACUGGUAUUCAGAGUCCAUCGUGGUUGGAGGGCGACGUCACUGUGCCUAAUUCGAGCAAUCAGGCAAUCACUAUUGUCUUCGAGGCUCAGCGAGGCAUCAACGAAUUUAGCGACACGGCGCUCGACAACAUUGUCAUUAGCGAAGGAGCGUGUCUCAUUUGUGUUUCUGGCUGCGACUUCGACACCAUAGACGAUUACUGUGGGUGGACUCCUAUUGCUACUGACCCGAGUAUAUACGGCUUUGAGCAAUGGGCUGGUGGAACGGAAACACCAGGCACUGGACCUGAAAAUGACUUCUCCAAACCUGGAUUGGGACUCUACAUGCUGAUGGAUUCUAGCUAUGCUAACGAAGGAGUUGAGGGAGAAAUCAGAAGUCCUGUGAUAAGCCAUUCUUCUGGAUGCUUGGAGCUUACCUUCCAUUAUUAUCUGUAUGGAAGCAGUGAGACCGUGCAACUCCGUGUCCACACCUUGGCAGGGGAAAUCCUUGGACCCGCUCUCUUCACUGUCACGGGGAACCAGGGUCAAGCUUGGAAGCCUGCAAAAGUCCGUUAUCUUGGAAAUGCUGAAAUACAGUUCGUCAUUGUGGGCAAAUAUGGAGAGACGCCGGAGACCGACAUUGCUGUUGAUGAUGUGUGUGUCAUGGCCUGUCAAGUUCAGUGCCCUCCAAAUGCAGAAUACAUAGAAUGUGGGCCGGCAUGUAUCCCCUCCUGCAUGAACCCCUCCACGAACUGUAGCGGCCCCUGCAUCACCGGCUGCUUUUGCAAACCAGGGUUUGUCUUCAAGGGAAAAACCUGUGUGCCGAUAGAGAAAUGUGGUUGCCUGGAUCACAACAAUAACUAUUAUGAGCCUGGAGAGAUCAUAUUUGGAGACGGCUGCUCGAAGUUGUGUCGCUGUGCUGGGAACUACACACUGGAAUGUGAGGACAACACCUGUGAUCCAACUGAGGAGUGUCGUGAAGUUAACGGUGUCGCCGGAUGCUACCCUAAAGGUACAUCCUCCUGUAUAGCAUCUGGAGAUCCACACUACACGACUUUUGACAAGCGCAAGUACAACUUCAUGGGCAACUGCACUUACCAAAUGACUGGAGUCUGCAAUGAAUCGGCUUUAACCAACUUUGCGGUUUACGCUGACAAUGAAAACCGCUAUAACAGACCCAGUAUCUCCUAUGUGAGAGCGGUGCAUGUGUAUGUAGAAGCUGGAGGUGUCUCCAUCUUCAAGGGCGGUGCUGUGCAUGUGAAUGAUAUCAAAGUGAAUCUACCGGUAAAUCCGUUUCCAGGCGUCUCUGUGUUCAAAUCAGGGAAGCACUACACCGUGUCCUUGGAUUUUGGAGUGACAGUGCGUUAUGAUGGAAACCACUUUAUGGACAUCAAAGUGAUUAAAGAUUAUAAGGGUAUAUUGUGUGGACUGUGUGGAGAUUACAAUGGUAAUUCCAAAGAUGACUUCCAAAUGCCGGAUGGUUCAUUGACCAAUAGUGCCAAUGAGUUUGGAAACAGCUGGAACGUUGAUCCAGAGUGUAACAAUAAACCCAACACCACUCAUCCUGGAUGUGAUCCAGAGGAGCAGAAACUCUAUGAGAGCUCUGGAUAUUGUGGUAUCCUGUUGGACAAAAACAGUCCUUUUGCUGCGUGUCAUGCCAAGGUCAACCCCAAUGGCUACUUCAAGGACUGUGUCUUUGACCUGUGCGAGCUUGAUGGAGUUCACUCCAUUUUGUGUGAAGCAAUCGAAGCCUACGUCAACGAGUGUCAGGAUCGUGGGGUCAACAUCGGAACUUGGAGGAAUGAAACCUUCUGUCCACUUGACUGCCCUCCCAAUAGCCAUUACGAGCCCUGUGCAGACCCCUGUCAAGAGACAUGUUCAGGGAGACCCUCAUCUUGUAGCGGACCGUGUACCGAGUCCUGUGUGUGUGACCCUGGCUUCAUCCUGAGUGCUGGCAAAUGUGUCACCAACUCUUCCUGUGGCUGCAAACACACUAAUGGACAGUAUUAUGAGCCUGGAGAGGAGUUCUAUGUUGACAACUGUAAUCUGAGGUGUAGGUGUGAUGUACCAUUUGUUACGUGCACGGGAUCUCAAUGCCCCCCAAUGCAGGAGUGUCAAGUCCAAGGGGGAGAGUUGGGUUGUUACCCAACAGUUGAGUGCCCUCCAAAUGCGGAAUACAUCGAAUGCGGCCCAGCUUGCAUCCCCACAUGCAUGGACCCCUCCACCAAUUGUAGUGGCUCCUGCAUCACCGGUUGCUUUUGCAAACCAGGGUUUGUCUUCAAGGGAAGACACUGUGUACCAAUAGAAAAAUGCGGUUGUCUCGAUCACAAUAAUAACUAUUAUGAGCCUGGAGAGAUUAUAUUUGGAGACGGCUGUUCAAAGCUGUGUCGCUGUGCAGGGAACUACACUUUAGAGUGCGUGGAUAACACCUGCGAUCCCACUGAGGAAUGUCGUGAAGUUAACGGUGUUGCUGGAUGCUACCCUAAAGGUACAUCCUCCUGCAUAGCAUCAGGGGAUCCACAUUACACGACAUUUGACAAGCGCAAGUACAACUUCAUGGGCAACUGCACCUACCAAAUGACUGGAGUCUGUAAUAUAUCAGCUUUACCAAAUUUCACGGUUUAUGCUGACAACGAGAACCGCUAUAACAGACCCAGCAUCUCCUAUGUGAAAGCAGUGCAUGUUUAUGUAGAAAGCAAUGGUGUGUCCAUCUUCAAGGGUGGUGCUGUGCAUGUGAAUGGAAUCAAAGUGAAUCUACCAGUGACUCCGUUCGCAGGUGUCUCUGUGUUCAAAUCAGGGAAGCACUACACCGUGUCCUUGGAUUUUGGCGUUACGGUGCGCUAUGACGGAAACCACUUUAUGGACAUCAAAGUGAUUAAAGAUUAUAAGGGUAUACUGUGUGGACUGUGUGGAGAUUACAAUGGAAAUUCCAAAGAUGACUUCCGCAAGCCAGAUGGGUCAUUGACCAACAAUGCAAAUGAGUUUGGAAACAGCUGGAAUGUUGAUCCAGAGUGUAACCAUAAACCCAACACCACUCAUCCCGGAUGUGAUCCAGAGGAGCAGAAGCUCUAUGAGAGCUCUGGAUAUUGUGGCAUCUUGUUGGACAUAAAUGGUCCUUUUGCUGCAUGUCACGCUAAGGUCAAUCCAAAUGAUUACUUCAAGGACUGUGUCUUUGACCUUUGCGAACUUGACGGGGCUCACUCCAUUCUGUGUGAAGCCAUCGAAGCCUACGUCAACCAGUGCCAGGAUCGUGGAGUCAACAUUGGACCCUGGAGGAACGAAACUUUCUGUCCUCUUGACUGCCCUCCCAAUAGCCAUUACGAGCCCUGUGCAGACCCAUGUCAAGAGACAUGUUCGGGUAGACCCUCAUCCUGCAGCGGACCUUGUACCGAGUCCUGUGUAUGUGACUCUGGCUUCCUCCUAAGUGCUGGCAAAUGCGUCACAAACUCUUCAUGUGGCUGCAAACACACGAAUGGACAGUAUUAUCAGCCUGGAGAGGAGUUCUAUGUUGACAACUGUAAUCUGAGGUGUAGGUGUGAUGUACCAUUUGUGACGUGUACCGGAUCUCAGUGCCCACCAAUGCACGUGUGUCAAGUCCAGGGGGGAGUGUUGGGGUGUUAUCCAACAGGUACAUCCUCCUGCAUAGCGUCAGGGGAUCCACACUACACGACGUUUGACAAGCGCAAGUACAACUUCAUGGGCAACUGCACCUACCAAAUGACUGGAGUCUGCAAUAUAUCAGCUUUACCAAAUUUCACGGUUUAUGCUGACAACGAGAACCGCUAUAACAGACCCAGCAUCUCCUAUGUGAGAGCAGUGCAUGUGUAUGUAGAAGCUGGAGGUGUUUCCAUCUUCAAGGGCGGUGCUGUGCAUGUAAAUGGAAUCAAAGUGAAUCUACCAGUGACUCCGUUUGCAGGCGUCUCUGUGUUCAAAUCAGGGAAGCACUACACCGUGUCCUUGGAUUUUGGCGUGACGGUGCGCUAUGACGGAAAUCACUUUAUGGACAUCAAAGUGAUUAAAGAUUAUAAGGAUAUACUGUGUGGACUGUGUGGAGAUUACAAUGGAAAUUCCAAAGAUGAUUUUCGCAAGCCAGAUGGGUCAUUGACCAACAGUGCCAAUGAGUUUGGAAACAGCUGGAAUGUUGAUCCAGAGUGUAACAAUAAACCAAACACCACUCAUCCUGGAUGUGAUCCAGAGGAGCAGAAACUCUAUGAGAGCUCUGGAUAUUGUGGCAUCCUGUUGGACAAAAACAGUCCUUUUGCUGCGUGUCAUGCCAAGGUCAACCCCAAUGGUUACUUCAAGGACUGUGUCUUUGACCUGUGCGAGCUUGAUGGCGUUCACUCCAUUUUGUGUGAAGCAAUCGAAGCCUACGUCAACGAGUGCCAGGAUCGUGGGGUCAACAUUGGAACUUGGAGGAAUGAAACCUUCUGUCCACUCGACUGCCCUCCCAAUAGCCAUUACGAGCCCUGUGCAGACCCCUGUCAAGAGACAUGUUCGGGUAGACCAUCAUCCUGCAGCGGACCUUGUACCGAGUCUUGUGUGUGUGACCCUGGCUUCAUCCUGAGUGCUGGCAAAUGCAUCACCAACUCGUCCUGUGGCUGCAAACACACGAAUGGACAGUAUUACGAGCCUGGAGAGGAGUUCUAUGUUGACAACUGUAAUCUGAGGUGUCGGUGUGAUGUACCAUUUGUUACGUGCACUGGAUCUCAAUGCCCCCCAAUGCAGGAGUGUCAAGUCCAGGGGGGAGAGUUAGGCUGUUACCCAACAGGAACGACAACACCGAAACCAACAACUCCAAAACCGACAACACCAAACCCAAUUGAGUGCCCUCCAAAUGCAGAAUACAUAGAAUGCGGCCCAGCUUGUAUCCCCACCUGCAUGGAUCCCUCCACCAAUUGCAGCGGUUCCUGCAUCACCGGUUGCUUUUGCAAACCAGGGUUUGUCUUCAAGGGAAGACACUGUGUACCAAUAGAAAAAUGCGGUUGUCUCGAUCACAAUAAUAACUAUUAUGAGCCUGGAGAGAUUGUAUUUGGAGACGGCUGCUCAAAGCUGUGUCGCUGUGCAGGGAACUACACUUUGGAAUGUGUUGAUAACACCUGCGAUCCCACUGAGGAAUGUCGCGAAGUUAACGGUGUCGCCGGAUGCUACCCUAAAGGUACAUCCUCCUGCAUAGCAUCCGGGGAUCCACACUACACGACGUUUGACAAGCGCAAGUACAACUUCAUGGGCAACUGCACUUACCAAAUGACUGGAACCUGCAAUAUAUCAGCUUUACCGAAUUUUGCUGUCUACGCUGAAAACGAGAACCGCUAUAACAGACCCAGCAUCUCUUAUGUGAAAGCAGUUCAAGUGUAUGUAGAAAAUGGUGGUGUCUCCAUCUUCAAAGGUGGUGCUGUUCAUGUGAAUGGUAUCAAAGUCAAUCUGCCAGUGAACCCAUUUCCAGGUGUCUCUGUGUUCAAAUCAGGGAAGCACUACACUGUUUCCUUGAAUUUUGGCGUGACAGUGCGCUAUGAUGGAAACCACUUUAUGGAUGUCAAAGUCAUUAAAGACUACAAGAACAUACUUUGUGGACUGUGCGGGGAUUACAAUGGAAAUUCCAAAGAUGACUUCCGCAAGCCAGAUGGGUCUCUUACCAACAAUGCCAAUGAAUUUGGAAACAGCUGGAAUAUUGAUCCAGAGUGUAACAAUAAACCCAACACCACUCAUCCUGGAUGCGAGCCAGAGGAGCAGAAGCUCUAUGAGAGCUCUGGAUAUUGUGGCAUCCUCCUGGACAUAAACGGUCCUUUUGCGGCAUGUCAUGCCAAGGUCAACCCAAAUAAUUACUUCAAGGACUGCGUCUUUGACCUUUGUGAGCUUGAUGGAGCUCACUCUAUUCUGUGUGAAGCCAUUGAAGCCUAUGUCAACGAGUGCCAGGAUCGUGGAGUCAACAUCGGACCCUGGAGGAACGAAACCUUCUGUCCUCUUGACUGCCCUCCCAAUAGCCAUUACGAGCCCUGUGCAGACCCCUGUCAGGAGACAUGUUCUGGUAGACCCUCAUCUUGCAGCGGACCGUGUACCGAGUCCUGUGUGUGUGACUCUGGGUUCAUCCUGAGUGCUGGGAAAUGUGUCACAAACUCUUCAUGUGGCUGCAAACACACAAAUGGACAGUAUUAUGAGCCUGGAGAGGAGUUCUAUGUUGACAACUGUAACCUGAAGUGUAGAUGUGAUGUACCAUUUGUUACAUGCAUGGCAUCUCAGUGCCCUCCAAUGCAUGUGUGUCAAGUUCAGGGGGGAGAGUUGGGCUGUUAUCCAACCAGUACAUCCUCCUGCAUCGCAUCCGGGGAUCCACACUACACGACGUUUGACAAGCGCAAGUACAACUUCAUGGGGAACUGCACUUACCAAAUGACCGGAGUCUGCAAUAUAUCAGCUUUACCUAAUUUCACGGUUUACGCUGAAAACGAGAACCGCUAUAACAGACCCAGCAUCUCUUAUGUGAAAGCGGUGCAUGUGUAUGUAGAAAGCGGUGGUGUCUCCAUCUUCAAGGGUGGUGAUGUGCAUGUGAAUGGAAUUAAAGUGAAUCUACCAGUGAAUCCGUUUCCAGGCGUCUCUGUGUUCAAAUCAGGGAAGCACUACACCGUGUCUCUGGAAUUUGGAGUGACAGUGCGCUAUGACGGAAACCAUUUUAUGGAUGUCAAAGUGAUUAAAGAUUACAAGGAUAUACUCUGUGGACUGUGUGGAGAUUACAAUGGAAAUUCCAAAGACGACUUCCGCAAGCCAGAUGGGUCUUUGACCAACAAUGCCAAUGAGUUUGGAAACAGCUGGAAUGUUGAUCCAAAGUGUAACAACAAACCCAACACAACUCAUCCGGGAUGUGAACCAGAGGAGCAGAAACUCUAUGAGAGCUCUGGAUAUUGUGGCAUCUUGUUGGACAUAAAUGGUCCUUUUGCUGUAUGUCACGCUAAGGUCAACCCAAAUGAUUACUUCAAGGACUGCGUCUUUGACCUUUGCGAGCUUGACGGGGCUCACUCCAUUCUGUGUGAAGCCAUCGAAGCCUACGUCAACCAGUGCCAGGAUCGUGGAGUCAACAUUGGACGCUGGAGGAACGAAACUUUCUGUCGUCGGUGCCCUCCAAAUGCAGAGUACAUAGAAUGUGGCCCAGCUUGUAUCCCUACCUGCAUGGAUCCCUCCACCAAUUGUAGCGGCUCCUGCAUCACCGGUUGCUUUUGCAAACCAGGGUUUGUCUUCAAGGGAAAGCACUGUGUACCAAUCGAAAAAUGUGGCUGCCUCGAUCACAAUAAUAACUAUUAUGAGCCUGGAGAAAUCAUAUUUGGAGACGGCUGCUCUAAGCUCUGUCGCUGUGCUGGGAACUACACCCUGGAAUGUGUGGAUAAUACCUGUGAUCCAACUGAAGAAUGUCGCGAAGUAAACGGCGUUGCCGGAUGCUAUCCUAAAGGUACAUCCUCCUGCAUAGCAUCCGGGGAUCCACACUACACGACGUUUGACAAGCGCAAGUACAACUUCAUGGGGAACUGCACUUACCAAAUGACUGGAGUCUGCAAUAUAUCAUCUUUACCUAAUUUUACGGUUUACGCUGACAACGAGAACCGCUAUAACAGACCCAGCAUCUCCUAUGUGAAAGCGGUGCAUGUGUAUGUAGAAAGUGGUGGUGUCUCCAUCUUCAAGGGUGGUGCUGUGCAUGUGAACGGAAUCAAAGUGAAUCUACCAGUGAAUCCGUUUGCAGGCGUCUCUGUGUUCAAAUCAGGGAAGCACUACACCGUGUCCUUGGAUUUUGGCGCGACGGUGCGCUAUGACGGAAACCACUUUAUGGAUGUCAAAGUGAUUAAAGACUACAAGAACAUACUUUGUGGACUGUGUGGAGAUUACAAUGGAGAUUCCAAAGAUGACUUCCGUAAACCAGAUGGGUCAUUGACCAAGAAUGCCAACGAAUUUGGAAACAGCUGGAAUGUUGAUCCAGAGUGCAACAAUAAACCCAACACCACUCACCCCGGAUGUGAGCCAGAGGAGCAGAAGUUGUAUGAGAGUUCUGGAUAUUGUGGUAUCCUGAUGGAUAAAAAUGGUCCUUUUGCUGCGUGUCACGCCAAGGUCAACCCCAACGAUUAUUUCAAGGACUGUGUGUUUGACCUUUGUGAGCUUGAUGGAGCUCAUUCCAUUUUGUGUGAAGCCAUCGAAUCAUACGUCAACGAAUGCCAGGACCGUGGCGUCAACAUUGGACCCUGGAGGAACGAAACCUUCUGUCCUUUCGACUGCCCUGCCAACAGCCAUUACGAGCCCUGUGCAGACCCCUGUCAGGAGACAUGUUCGGGUAGACCAUCAUCCUGUAGCGGACCUUGCACCGAGUCCUGUGUGUGUGACCCUGGCUUCAUCCUGAGUGCUGGCAAAUGUGUCACCAACUCUUCGUGUGGCUGCAAACACACCAAUGGCCAGUAUUAUCAGCCUGGAGAGGAGUUCUAUGUUGACAACUGUAAUCAAAAGUGUAGGUGUGAUGCACCAUCAGUUACCUGUAAAGCAUCCCAAUGCCCCCCACUGCACGAGUGUAAAGUCUUGGAGGGAGAACUGGGCUGCUAUCCAUCAGGUUCUCAGGACUGCAUCGUCUCUGGGGAUCCACACUACAACACUUUUGACAAAAGGUUCUACAGUUUCAUGGGCACCUGUACCUACACGCUGGCCAGAACCUGCAGGAACAACACAGGUCCUUGGUUUUCAGUGGAGGCAAAGAAUGAGGAACGAGGUGUACCUGGAGUGUCCUACCUGCGAAAACUCUACAUCACAGUGGACGGAAUAACUUUGACGCUUAUGAAGGGCAAGAGGACCUUGGUGAACGGACUCCGUGUGGCGCUACCUUACUCCCCAUCUCCUGCGGUGAUGGUCAGCCGUGCCGGCCAGUACGUGACAGUGCAGACAUCCUUUGGCCUCAAAGUGCGUUGGGACGGGAACCAUUUUGCCCAGAUCUCUGUACCAAGCUCCUACCACGAUCAGAUGUGCGGUCUGUGCGGCGAUCUGGAUGGGAACCCGGACAACGACUUCACCAAGCCAGAUGGCGUCCUCGUUCCCAAUGUCAAUGACUUUGCCAACAGCUGGCAGACAGAAGAAGACGAGGAUGACUCGUGUUCCGCAGGCACCGGGCCCGAGCCAGACUGCGAUCCCAAACUUGAGGCCGAGGUGGUCAAACCGGACAAAUGCGGAAAACUCAACGAUACCGCUGGACCUUUCCGGGAGUGCGUCAGCGUGGUGAAUCCCGCGCCGUUCUUCCAGAGCUGUGUUUACGACAUGUGCCGCUUCAACGGGCAGCAGCAAGUACUAUGUGACCAACUGCAGGCCUACACGGAGGCCUGCAACAGUGCCGGAGUCAAAGUGCACCAGUGGCGGAGUCCCAACUUCUGUCCCCUGGAGUGCCCUCCCAACAGCUCGUACUCCUUGUGCGUGAGCUCCUGCCCGGAGACAUGCUUGGGCACGGCGGGAGCUCCCGGCUGCGGCGACGUCUGCGUGGAGGGUUGUGCUUGCGACGCCGGCUUCGUACUCAGCGACGACAAGUGCGUGUCGCUCAAAGACUGCGGCUGCAUAGACCCUGAUGGGAUUUACCAUCCUGUGGGCGACGACUGGUACUUUGAAGGCUGUGAGCAGAGGUGCAUGUGCCAAGGAGGGGGCACGAUCCAGUGUUCUAACAGUAGCUGCAAAGCUGGCACAGAGAUUUGUCAGCUGCACGAUGGAGAGUACAAAUGCCGUCCUUUAGGAAACGGAAUAUGUUCUGUAUCCGGCGACCCCCACUACACCACCUUCGACAAGCGCACCCAUCAUUACAUGGGAGCCUGCUCAUAUACCUUAACCAAACCCUGCAACGGUUCCUCAUCCGGCUUGCCUUACUUCAGCGUGGACACCCAGAAUGAGCGCAGGGGCAGCAACAAGAAGGUUUCCUACGUCAGAGCAGUUGUUGUCCAAGUCGAUGGGGUUACGGUCAUCCUUGGCAAGGGGCGAACCGUCCAGGUAAAUGGGACGGCAGUUGUCCCGCCUGUGACAUGGAUGGGCGGUGUCAAGAUCUACCUGAGUGGCAAGUUUGUCGUCCUGGAGACAUCUUUCCACUUGAGGGUUCGAUUUGACGGGAACCAUCACGCCGACAUCACCGUGCCUGCUUCCUACAAUGGGCAGCUUUGCGGAAUGUGCGGAAAUUUCAACGGAAAUCCAUUUGAUGACAACUUGAAACCGGACAAGACGCCUGCAUUUACAACUAAUGAACUUGGAGACAGCUGGCAGGUUCCUGACCCAAGGCCGGAUUGCACCAACGAUGGUGGCCAGGAAGACUGCGACCCUAAGGUACAGGAGGAAGCCCAGAAGCCGACCAGCUGUGGGAUGAUCACCGAUCCCAACGGUAUCUUCAGACCAUGUCACUCAGUCGUCCCACCCGAGCCAUAUUUUGACAACUGCGUGUACGAUAUGUGCGCCACCGAUGGGCAGACCGUGGCCCUGUGCCAGGCGGUGCAGAGCUAUGCCGAUCUGUGUGCCGCGGCGGGAGUCGCCAUUGCGUGGAGGAACAACACCUUCUGCCCUCUCAAAUGUCCCACUGGAAGUCAUUACACCCCAUGCGGUUCCGCCUGCGCCCAACCUAGCUGUCAGGACCCGGCCGGACCGGGAGGCACCUGCGAACUGCCGUGCGUAGAGGGCUGCGUCUGCAACCCUGGCCUAAUUUGGAGCGGGGACAAAUGCGUGCCGCUCAGCCAGUGCGGCUGCACCGACCGUGACGGAAUGUACAGGCCGGUGGGCGCCACUUGGUUGACGGAAGCCGACUGCUCGGAGCGUUGCAAGUGCCAUGCGGACCGCAACGUGACCUGCGAGCCUUGGAGCUGUAGCCCAGCGCAGGAGUGCAAAGUGAUGGACGGAGUCCUGGACUGCCACUCCACAGGUAAAGGUGUGUGCCACGUAGCUGGAGACCCUCACUACUACACCUUUGACAGUGUCAUGCACACCUUCAUGGGCACGUGCACUUACACUCUCGUUGAGGUUUGCAACGCCUCCAUGGUGACUUCAUUCCGAGUGGUGGCCAAAAACGAAGAGCGCGGCCAGCCGGAGGCCUCCUAUGUCCGCUGGGUUAGGGUUUACCUGCCGCACGACACUCAGAUUGAGCUGCAAAAGGGACGCAGAGUUCUGUUGAACGGUCGCCGGGUAAGGACUCCGGUGAGUGUGGAAGGAGCCAAGGUGAUCACCAGCGGCGCGUAUAAUCUCUUGGACACAGACUUUGGUCUGCAAGUGAAAUUUGACGGCGUUCAUCACCUGGAGAUCACCGUACCCGGAGAAUAUUUUGAUAAGCUGUGCGGCAUGUGCGGCAACUACAACCACAACUCCAGUGACGACAACUUGAAACCCGACAAGACGCCCGCCAAGGACGUCAUCCAACUAGGCAACAGCUGGAAGUCGGAGGGCGACAGUGAUCCAGGGUGUCAGCCAGACAACCGGCCCAACGUUCACCCGAACUGCACACCGGAGGAAGAGACGCAGUUCGAAUCCCGUUGCUCUAGCGUGCUCCUUUCCGAUGCAUUCCGAGCCUGCCACUCCUUGGUGCCCCCAGAGGCCUUCACGGGGAACUGCGUGUAUGACAUGUGCGAGUACGACGGCAUGCCGGCUACGCUCUGUGAUAACGUGGAGGCCUACGCUCAGGCCUGCCACGGCGCCGGAGUUACCGUCAGCUGGAGGAACAGCACCUUCUGUCCGUUGCCGUGCCCGCCCAACAGCCACUAUUCGGACUGCACACCAGCUUGCCCCCCGACCUGCUCCGACCUGUUCCCUCUCUCCUGCCAUUUGCCACCCAGCAGCUGCGUGGAGGGAUGCCAGUGCGACGGCGGUUUCGUCCUCAGCGACAGCAAGUGCGUGCCUCUUAGCCAAUGCGGUUGUCUGGACUCAGACGGAGAGUACCACGAUGUCGGAGACUCGUGGCUGACGGCCAAAUGCCUAUCCGAGUGCAGAUGCGACCUUGGCGGUGUGAUCGCGUGCUCCGAUCAAAGCUGCGAUUCCAACUCUGUGUGCGACCUGGACAAAUACGGAGACGUCUACUGCAGGCCUGCCCAGUUCGACAAGUGCACCGUCGCGGGAGAUCCUCACUACCGAACUUUUGACGGAUUCACGCACCACUUUCAGGGGCCUUACUUAUACGUCCUGACCACCGACCAGUAUCAGCAGAGUGCCCGACCCUCCCUAACGGUGAGGGGGAAGAACAUCCGACGAGGCGGGAACAAGCGGGUGUCCUUCCUGGACCAGAUCUACGUCGAUGUCUACGGCGUCAACGUGCGCUUCAUGCAGGGCAACGAAGUCCUGGUGAACGGCGAGAUUGUUUCGCCUCCUAUGACUCCGGUGGAAGGUUUACUCAUCAGCAUGAACUCCAGGCAGGUUCAGCUCACCACCGACUUCGGACUCACCGUCCGUUUUGACGGCAGAAGUCGAGCAGAAAUCAUCCUGCCCAGCACGUACAAGAAUUCCGUGAGAGGUCUGUGCGGAAACUACGAUGGCAUCCGCCGCAACGAGUACAUGAAGCCGGACGGGACGGUCGCUGCCAGCCUAAACGACUUUGGCGAAAGCUGGAGGGUCAGGGACCGCAUGGCCGCCAUUCCCGCUGUUUCUGCCGUCCACGUUGACAGUCGAGAAGCGGACAUGGAUCCCGAUUCCGGAUUCGAGACGUCGGACUGCUCCGAGGCCCAGCUGGUUGACUACGCCGGCCCUGAUGUGUGCGGCGCCAUAUCGGACGCCGCGGGGCUUUUUGCUGCCUGCCACGCUGUAAUUCCACCCACCACUUACCAGGACGACUGCGUGUACGACCUGUGCGCCGAACAAGGUAGCGAAGAGCUGCGCUGCGCUAGCUACGACGCCUACGCCGCCGCCUGCCAAGAGGCCGGCGUUACCUUGGGACCGUGGCGACAACAGCUAGGCUGCGUGCUGCAGUGCGAAGGCAACAGCACGUACUCGCCGUGUAUGUCUGCAUGCCCAGCUUCCUGCGCCGACCUGGCGGCGCCUUCGGAGUGCGGCGUAGCUUCCUGCGUGGAAGGCUGCCAGUGCGCCCCCGGAUUCGUCAUGAGCGAGGGCGGCUGCGUGCCCUACGCGCAGUGCGGAUGCAGCUUCCUUAAUCGAUACUACCCGCUGAAGGAAACUUUUGUGACCGAAGAUUGCGCCCAGUCCUGCGAGUGCACCGCUACCGGCGCUGUGUGCCAGGCUAAAAGCUGCAAGCCGGGCUUCGUUUGCGCCAUUUACGACUACAGACGAGACUGUCACAGAGCGGGCCCGUGCCUCAGCAGCCCCUGUUUGAACGGAGGAACUUGUCACGAGAUCGACGACAAAUCCUACUCGUGCCUCUGCGCACCAGGCUACGAGGGCGCUGACUGUCAGAUUGAGAUUACGGGCACGGAAGGACUUGAAACCAAAUGGAUCAUCCUGAUUGCGGUGCUGGUGUCUGCUGCCGUCGUCAUCGUGGUCAUCAUCACCGUUGUGUGCGUUUGCAAAAACGUCGACAAGUGA